AUGGCUAGAAAAUCUAAAAACAUCUAUAAAAAAUACGACAAUUUGAUUAAAGCAGCAAUAGAUGUCAUAAAAUCUGGUCAAAUGUCAUUGCGUAAAGCGUCACAACAUUAUGGGAUACCAAAAUCAACAUUAAGUGACAGAUUAACAGGGAAGGUUGCCUCUGAUGCUAAAUCUGGUCGUCCUCCUACAGUGCCAUUAGAUGUGGAAGCAGACAUAGUUGGACGUGUGACAACGGCAGCUGGGUGUGGUUUUGGCAUAACAAGGCGAGAUUUCUUGAUAAAAACAGGCCGAUUAUGCCAAAAAAUGGGUCUCAAAACUCCAUUCAAAAAUGGAAUACCAGGCAAAGGUUAUUUCCAAGGUCUUAAGAGAAGACAUCCAUCUAUUGUAAUCCGUAAGCCAGAGAAGUUGGGUACAUCUCGAGCCAGGUGCCUUAAUCCAACUAUUGUUAACCGAUAUAUAGAUGAUCUUGGUAAACUCCUUAUCAGUCUUGGAAUUGCGAAUAAGCCAUCUCAAAUAUGGAACAUGGACGAGACAGGCAAACAAUUUGAGCACAACCCAGUCCGUGUAGUUGCAAGAAAGGGAGUGAAAAAUUUGCCGGGUCGUACUAGUAAUCAAAGGACCAACACCACCAUCCUGGCAUGCGUAAGUGCAAGUGGUCAAGCUAUGCCUCCUCUUAUGAUCGUGAAAGGUAAGACCCAACGGUCACUAUAUUCGUGGAACACGGCUGCAGCGCCCCAAGGGACUAAAUGGUCCUUCCAAGAGAAUGCUUGGAUGACAGAAACUAUAUGUAAGGACUGGUUUGAAGAAAUAUUUCUUCCCUUCUGCGGCAGUGCUAGACCCCAAUUAUUGAUUUGUGAUGGUCAUCGUUCACAUGAAGCACAUGCACUCCUGGAAAUUGCCAAAGAUAACAAUAUUGAAAUUCUGGCUCUCCCUCCCCAUACUACUCACAAACUUCAGCCACUUGACAAGAGUGUGUUUGGCCCUUUUAGUGCAUAUUACAACGAAGGUUGUACUGAAUUUCUCUCAGCUAGUCCUCAUCACACUAUAAAUAAAUGGUCAUUCCCUGAGAUCAUUGCACGGGCUUGGGAACGUGCCAUGACUGAAAAAAAUAUAACUAGCGAUUUUCAUCAUGUGGUAUAUACCCCUUCAAUCCACGUGCUUUACGUACAGAGGAUUUGUUACCAUCGACUAUGUUUGACAAGCCAUUGCAUGCCAUCACCUCAUCAGUUACACCCACCUCUACAAUGA